GAUGUGACGUCGGAAGGAAAUAUGGCGCUUUGGAGGGAUGAGUUUCAUGAUAGUCAGGUUUGAUUUAAACAUGCUACUUGUUUGAAUAACGUCAAAAGCGGGCUUAAAGAAAAUAUGUCCGGCCGGAAGCGGUGGUCGCCCCUUUUGUCAGAAUGGACAACGGGACGGUGCUUUUCGUAGCCGUGUUUGUUGUUAGCUAGCUAAUACUGUUACCACGGACAUGCUAGCUGAAGCUAGCUGGCUAAUUGGACGGCUAAACACUUCUUGUUAGCUAAGCCAGGAGGAUGAAGACCCGUCCUGGAUGUGUUUUGUUGCUGGGCAAUGCCAUUUUUCUGUCGGCAUGCUGGCUGGCUCAAGGAGCUCCUGUUCAGUUUCACCAUAGAGCAGACAGAGGCUCAGACGACCCAUUGUAUGUGUCCCUCUACCUGUCUCUGACGGUGUCCCUGACAGCACUGGUGGUCCUGGUGGUGGUGUUGGUGAACUGUGUGACCUGCUGCAAGGAGAGGGAAAUCAACUUCAAGGAGUUCGAAGAUCACUUUGACGAUGAAAUUGACUUCACCCCGCCAGCGGAGGACACACCGUCUAUGCAGUCACCUGCGGAGGUGUAUACCCUCGCUGUCUCCCCUGUGGCCUUGCCUGGACCCCCGCACCUCCAACCUAAUGCGCCCAUCACAGGGGGAUCCACAGGCUUCCAGAUAGCCCGACAUAGUCUGAGUUACAUCCAAGAGAUUGGCAAUGGGUGGUUUGGCCAGGUGAUUCUGAGUGAAAUCUACACGGAUCCAGGUGGCACCAGAGUGGUAGUAAAGGAGCUAAAAGCUAAUGCAAAUGCCAAGGAGCAGAAUGACUUCCUGCAGCAGGCGGAUCCUUAUAGGGUAUUGCAACACCCAAACAUCCUCCAGUGCCUUGGACAGUGUGUUGAAGCGAUUCCCUUCCUGCUUGUUUUUGAGUACUGUGAAAUGGGGGAUUUGCGAGGCUAUCUGUCUCAGCAGGUCUGUACCUUCAGAAGUUCUGAAAUGCUCCAGCUGCAACGGAUGGCCUGUGAAAUCGCUGCCGGUAUCGCUCAUCUUCACAAAUACAACUUCCUGCACAGUGAUUUAUCUCUGAGGAACUGCUACCUGACGGCCGAUCUCACAGUCAAAGUGGGGGACUAUGGAAUCGGGCCUUAUGCAUAUAAAGAGGAUUACAUCAUCACAGAGGACGAUGUAUUUGCGCCCCUUCGCUGGUUGGCUCCUGAACUUGUGGGGGAGCGCCAUGGGGGUGUUGUCACGAUGGAGCAUACGAAGGCCAGCAAUGUUUGGGCAUUGGGGGUCACUCUAUGGGAGCUUUUUGAGAAUACUGGUCAGCCAUAUCCACACCUGUCUGACCGGGAGGUUCUCAAUCAUGUGAUCAAGGAGCAACAAGUCAAACUCUUCAAGCCACAGCUGGAGCUUCCGUAUUCGGACAGAUGGUAUGAGGUCCUGCAGUUCUGCUGGCUCUCUCCAGAUAAGCGGGCCACAGCAGAGGAAGUGCACCGCUUGCUCAUCUAUCUGCGCAUGCAAGGCCAAAAGGACAUAGAAGAUGACUUUGAUCAACGCUGGGAUGCCCUCAAGCCCAAUGUUUCCACACGUCAGACCACCGUCAGCCACUCCUCCUUCCCCAUCCUGGAACAGUUUGGUGACGAUGCCUUGCAGCAAGAUAUCGACGAGGUGUUAACUGUCACCGAGACUAGCAAAGGACUAAGCUUUGAGUACGUUUGGGAGGCGGCCAAACAUGACCAUUAUGACGGCAGCCAUUCCCACGCAGGCGUGGACACGACGGUCAACUACCACAGCAUGUUCUUUCCCGUUUCCACCGAAGACAUCCAGGCCCACUUCCCGGACCCUGUGGCCAGAUCAGCAGCUGCUAGUAGUGGGAACACUCCUUCGGGGAUCCCUGGGAUUGUACCAGUGUUUGAUGCCCAGAAGCCAUCAAAUGGCAACGCCUAUUACAUACAGUUAGAAGAACAAGCAGGAGAAAGCACUCAAAACACAGACUUCACUUCAAGCCAGCAAGACUUUAUUGUCCUUCAAGAUGUUCGUUUGGAUGAAUCUAGCACUGAGGCGGACUUUUUUCACCACAGUAUCGACUCCAAGGAUUCCUAUUUGCCCGAUAGUCACAUCUGGUCCUCUCUUGAAAAUGACAGUCCAUACCACACCAAUAUUUUCACCGAGGGAGAGUCCAAGCAGGAGGACUCUCUUUCUUGGAGACAGGAUUUAGCAGAUCUUCCAGAGCGUAACGGGAACCCUUUCUGUAGUAAUACUCCUGUGGACGUACAGGACUUAAAUGCACGGGAUUCUUUUUUAGGGGGUGGUUCAGAAGCCACUUACCGGACUCUGGAGGAGGACUCAGUGGAGAGUGACAGCACUGAUGUGAAGAGGCUUCUGAACACUGAAAAACUGGCAGAUAAUUUUAUGUUUCUUAAAGAGCAUAAUCUGAUGAAAGACGGUACAAGGUUUCAGAAUUUUUUAUCACCCGGUGUCAUCCAUGAACCGGAGGACACCUUCAAAAUGGGCUCUUGGGACAACCCUGACACUUAUGGCAGCUUAAACACAGUAGAUACUUACUUAACACCUGCAUGGAGUAGCACAUCCCCAACAAAUGGACUUUUAGAAUCAUCAAGUACCAACUUUGGGGCACAUAAUCCUUUUCGGGUAGAAACGGAAACCGUGGUGCCUUCGAUUACAAUUAUGACAGAAGAUGACACAAGCAACCAACUGCCAGUUAGUAACCGUUCUUCCACGGAGGAUCUUGCUCUGCUCCAAUCCUCAGACAGAUACACAAGCUCUGAUUUGGAUCCGGAUCCUACCUCUGAGAGGUUUGAUCUUUUUAGUCAGCCUGGUGAUCACAUUCCCAUGUUCUCUGAAAGUGCCACUCCAGACAUUUUGUGCACAAAUGCCAAACUUUCCAGCCUUGAGCGUGAUUUUGGAACCUCAAACAGCAGAGCUCAAAAACUCAUACCCGAGAAGUCGAUAGUCCAACCGUCUGUUGACGAUCAAACGAGCCAUGAUCUUUUGAGUGAACUCAUUGAGGAUGCAGACAUAGGAACGGAAACAGCACUGUCUGACCAUGAAGAAUCCUUCAUGGAUACUCACGAACAACAGUCUCUGUUAGUCUCUGGACCGUCUUUGGACCAGAUCAGCCAAGACAGUUUACUAGAGGACAGCAUCUCCACUACUCUGCCAACUGUGGACCACUCAGCUGAGACACCAGACUCUUUGGACUCCCUCGACAUUCACAGGCUCGGCGAUCAGCACAAACUCCAACCGCCGUAUAAAAUAUCUGACAGUGGCUAUGAGACGGAGAACCUGGAGUCUCCUGAGUGGAACUCUCAGCCUAAUGAUAAAGACCUGUCCCCUGUAAAAGAUGCCCCAAGUGUAGCCCAGAAGCAAAAAGAAACUGAAGAACCAACCGCUGUGAUGAAUCUGGUUCCGCCAGAGAUAGUCAUCUCUGAAGCCGAAGGCACUCUGGACUCUCCCAGGGAGGAUCUGACCAGUGUUGGUCUCGCCGAUGAACCGCUCAUGAGCACAAACUACAGAGACUCCGCCUACUUCUCAGACAACGAAUCAGAGCCAGAGAAGAAAUGUGAAGAAACGAAGUCACAUUUAGCUGAAGUCACAUCGCUGAGGGACUCCACCAACGAUAGCAGUGCUGCUGCUCCUGAUCGUCAACAGGAAAAACCGGCAGAGAGUAGUUUGGAUUCUCUACUCCCACUGCAAGAAUUUACUGCUGCUGCUCAGGGUAAUGUCAAAGUAGAUCCAAAUCCAGAAGGACACUCAAAUAUCCAACGAUCCCUCAGCUGGCCCAGUCCCAGUGGAGAUAAACCAGACUCUUUUGGUGAUCCAGACCAUUCUAUACUCUCCAGUCCACUCCCAUCUACUGAUGGUGGCAUUCAUGCCAAGCUAACCAGGACUUGUGCUGGCGAGGGACACAAAAUAAAGGAGCCUGAUGUGGAAGGCCGUUACCUGGGCAGGCGGGACGGCUUGGGUCCGGAUGGCCUUGAGGAUGGAGCGGAUGCUGAUGAGGAGAACGAAAACAGCGAUGACUCCGAUGAAGACGUCCAUGCCUACCAGCUGCACAGCUCCAGCUCCAGCUCGGACAGCGAGGACGACGGCGUACACACAGUACCGCUCAUCAUCUCGGAUGAUAGCGAUUCAAAGAACCUGAGGAGCUUGUUGAAACCUUCUACUCUCAACAUCGAGGCUUCAUCCCCAACGUCUCAUGCCGAUACCGCCAGAAGAGCCGUGUCCUUCUUUGAUGACGUCACCGUCUACCUGUUUGACCAGGAGACCCCCACCAAGGAACUGGGUGACCACUCCUCAGGUUCUAACAACCACACACCAGAGUUCAGCAGCCCCGUGUCAAGUUCUAGCUACCUGAACCGCUUUACUAACUCUGAAAGCUCCACAGAUGAAGAAGGUGGCGGUUUUGAGUGGGAUGAUGACUUCCCUUCCGCACCCGCCUUUCCCUCCAAGACGCACAAAGACAUCCCACCCAAAAGCAUCUCUACUCCACCCCUCAUGGCGGCGUCCGGCUGGAGCAGCUCGCCCAACUACUCUCGCUUCACCAUCUCGCCGGCCAGCAUCGCUAGCUUCUCCUUGACGCACCUCACAGACUCGGACAUGGAGCAAGGAGGCAACAGUGAAGAUGGAGAAAAGGACUAACAAAACCAUCAGGACACGCUCCAACUUUAACACUUGCACUUUGGGGAUUAGAGCCAGAUGGGAAAAGGACAAAAGACAUUUCGUCCCCAGGGGGGCGGAGCCUAUUCCUGAGCCUCAUCAUCAUCAUCAUCCCUCUUUGUCUCCGUCUCUCUCUGUGUCUACACGUGUGCAAUUCCACAUCGCGGGUCUAGCAUGGAAAUGCUGGGCUGUAAGACCUCAUCGGGCGUAUUCCUACUGAACGUUGGGCUGCUUUUUCCUUCUACUUCACUGUCACCAAAAACAAGGAAUAUUUUUGGAAAAGUACACUACAAAUAGGAAUAAGCUCUUUGAAUUGAAUAUUUAUCAUUGGUUCGUCUGCGUUUUUUUUUUUUUUUUACAGUUGCCUUUUGUUUUGGUAGUCAUCUUCAAUACUCCUAACUAGUUGAUGGAGAAGAACUUGUCUGUGUAGCAUCUUCCUAACCAGACGGCUUACAGUUUGCCAACAAUGACUGAAUGGCUGGCUUCUCUGUUGUCUCACCCCCCCGCCCCCUCUCUAUACAUGACACGCAUGUACCUUCAUGUUGUGCUUUGAGACCUCAGUAAUGACAGUGAAAACAUUUAAAAAGGACAAAAUAGUUUUAUAAUUCUAAUUUUGGCCAGCUGAUGUCGGGUCUGGGCCCUUUUUAAUGUCACACUACCAAACUUUGACUUUUAUUUUGAAACGUCCAAAUGAAGACGUCGGAGAUGUUUUGUAUAAAAAUGAAAAAUGUGCAAUGGAUUUGUAUUUAGGGAUGGACCAAUUGAUAGGAUGACUUGGUGAGCAGCUGCUCACUAAACUAGAAUCACUGCGGCAUUAAUCAACACUUCUGACAUGAACACAAAGCUACUCUUUAGCAUUUUUGUUUAUCUUUAUUUGAUUUGGGCUUUUCUUUCUCUUCAUUUGUUUUGUUUUCCUACUUAAUACAUUUUCAUAGAUUUUGCUUUAGCUUGUUUAUUUUGUUUUAAUUUUACUUCUAGGUUGUUUUUUUUUAUCUUUGAUUUGGGCUUUUCUUUCUCUUCAUUUGUUUUCUACUUAAUUUUCAUAGAUUUUGCAUUAGCUUAGCUUGUUUAUUUUGUUUUCAUUUUACUUCUAAGUUUUUUUUAAUCCUUAUUUCAUUUGGGCUUUUCUUUCUCCAUUUGUUUUCUACUUAACUUUCAUAGAUUUUUUAGUUUAUUUUGUUUUAAUUUUACAUCUAGGUUUUGGUUUAUUCUUUUUUAGUGAUUUUAAUUUUUUUAAUUUAUUUUUUACAAUGACAUUUGUAAUUUAAUGGAAAUUUGAUGCCCAAAGAACCUGUGAGGGGGGAUUUUGUACCACUUCUACCCACUCAGUUGUUCAUUUAGCUGGCUGUCAAUCAUCUCAGUGACUGUAUGUGUGUGUUGUGUCCUAUCCAAUGAUGCAGUAAAAACUGGGUAAUACACUCUUCUAACAACUCGAUGUUGAUAAAUAUUUUGACCUAUCAAGACGAUGACGUGUCCUCAUAGUUGAAAAUAUUAUUUAAAGGACUUCUCCUGGACGACACAUUUGCUUAAUAUUGCACAUUUGACAAAAGUAACUUAAGUGUACUGAUGUGUGUAAAUAGUUUUUGUUUUACUGUUAAUGGGGGAUAUGACCCACAUGUGAGUAGGUAGGGACUUUUUUUUUUGUUUUCCUUCCCCUGUGAGCGCAAGCCAAGACGAUCACGGGAACAUAUCAAUCAUAGUGGCUAUGAAUCAUGGAUUAAUGCUGUCCCUGUUGAUUUUUGGGGGUGGGAAGUGGGGAUAUUUUUACUUGUUUCACAUGAAUCAUGCAUUAGUGUCAUUGAAUGAAAUGUUUAUAAUUACACCGUUUAAUAUGAAAAUAAAUGCAAAUGAACUCA